UCUGUCUUCCGGUAAAAGGAAAGUUCACAUGGUUGAUCGCUCAUGAAGAAGCAUGGAUGCUGCGUGCAAAUGGAGGAAUUUGCCUAGCGGCCCCAGCCUCAAGCAUCUUACAGCGCCGGACUACGGCCUGCCCAGAGAGCAACAGCGGCCUGCCCUGCAGGAUCUUGCACGGGCUCAUAUUGAGUCAUUCAACUAUUCUGUGAGCGAAGGGCUGAUCCGGGCCGUGCAGGACAUUCCUCCCUUGGAGUUUGCUUUCAGGAAUGAUCGGAUUACUUUGGCCUUUUCAGGGGCCACCAUCAGCCCUCCUAUGGUACCAAAAGGGAGUAUAUGUAAAGAGCUGAAAGUUUACCCAGCAGAAUGUCGGGCACGUAGAAGUACCUACCGUGGGAAACUGACUGCUGAUGUCAGCUGGUCAGUGAAUGGAAUUCCAAAAGGACUUAUUAAGCAGGCCCUUGGGAAUGUUCCAAUUAUGGUGAAAUCUAAAUUUUGUAAUCUCCAUGGUCUUUCUCCCAAAGCACUUAUCCAACACCAUGAAGAAGAAGAGGAAAUGGGUGGUUAUUUCAUAAUUAAUGGAAUAGAAAAAGUGAUAAGAAUGAUGAUCAUGCCUCGGCGCAACUUUCCUCUUGCAAUGAUAAAACCAAAAUGGAAAUCUAGAGGCCCCGGGUACACACAGUAUGGGGUCUCAAUACACUGUGUUAGAGAUGAGCAUACAGCUGUUAACAUGACCUUACACUACCUUGAUAGUGGUUCAGUGAUGAUGAACUUCAUCUAUCAGAAGGAGCUGUUCUUUAUCCCACUGGGAUUUCUUCUUAAGGCAUUAGUUAGUUUCUCAGACUUUCAGAUUUUCCAAGAACUGAUUAAAGGGAAAGAAGAGGAUACUUUUUAUAAGAAUUGUGUCUCUCAAAUGCUGAGGCUGGUAACAGAGGAUGGCUGUGUGACCCAGAAGCAAGUGCUGAUCUUCUUGGGGCAACGCUUCAGAGUAAAAUUGAACCUUCCUGACUGGUAUUCUAAUGAGCGGAUUGGAGAGUUCCUUUUCAACCAGUGCAUCUGCAUACAUUUAAAAACGAAAGCUGAGAAAUUCUACUUGCUUUGUCUCAUGGCACGAAAGCUUUUUACUUUAGCCAAAGAGGGCUGCAUGGAGGACAAUCCUGACAGCUUAAUGAAUCAAGAGGUGCUCACCUCAGGGCAACUUUACCUCAUGUUUUUAAAGGAGAAGAUGGAAACUUGGCUGCAGUCUGUUAAACUAGCCUUAGACAAGAAAGCUCAGAAGUCAAAUAUAACUAUUACUCCAGAAAACAUGAUAAAGAUUCUUGGAAUGGGAGUAGAUCUUACUAGGAUGCUUGAAUAUCUCCUGGCAACUGGUAAUCUGCGCUCAAAGACAGGUCUGGGCAUGCUGCAAGGGUCAGGUCUGUGUGUGAUAGCAGACAAGCUGAACUUCUUCCGCUACCUCUCCCACUUCCGCUGUGUGCACAGAGGAGCUGCUUUUCUUAAGAUGAGAACCACGACGGUGCGCAAGCUCUUACCAGAGUCCUGGGGCUUCCUCUGUCCCGUCCACACACCGGAUGGUGAGCCUUGUGGCUUGAUGAACCAUAUGACAGCCCCCUGUGAAAUCGUAACCCAGACUUUCCACACUGUAUCUCCGCUACCAUUGCUUUGCUCUUUAGGUGUUACUCCAGUUGAUGGUGUACCAAGCCAACCUUAUACUGAAUGUUAUCCAGUUACAUUAGAUGGAGCAGUGGUGGGCUGGAUAGAGAAGGCUCAGGCUCCUGAUCUUGUGGAGACUUUCAGGCGCUUCAAGGCACUGCAAGAAAAGAAAAUUCCAGGUUGGACAGAAGUGGUCCUUAUUCCGAUGACAGGGAAACCCAGUCUCUACCCAGGACUUUUUAUUUUCACUACCCCUUGUAGGAUGAUGCGUCCUGUACAAAACUUGGCUUUGGGGAAAGAAGAAUGGAUUGGUACAAUGGAACAGGUAUUCAUGAACAUUGCAGUGUCCAAGGAUGAAAUUGAACCUGGGUUGACCACUCACCAGGAGCUUUUUCCCUAUAGCAUGCUAAGUGUGGUAGCAUGUUUCAUUCCCUUCUCUGAUCACAACCAAAGUCCAAGAAAUAUGUACCAGUGUCAGAUGGGUAAGCAGACAAUGGGUUUUCCACUUCUGACCUUCCCAUAUCGAUCUGAUGACAAACUGUAUCGGCUUCAGACUCCUCAAAGCCCAUUAGUUCGGCCAUCCAUAUAUGAUUAUUACAACAUGGACUCUUAUCCCAUCGGUACAAAUGCAGUUGUUGCUGUGAUCUCCUAUAGUGGUUAUGAUAUGGAAGAUGCAAUGAUCCUGAGCAAGUCUUCUUGGGAGAGAGGAUUUGGACAUGGGAGCAUCUACAAGACAGAACGCAUUGACCUUGCAGAGAAAGUAAAGCAAGGAGAAGACAAUCUAGUAUUUGGGAUUGGGCAUGAUAAACCUGUGCAGAGUUUGGACCCCGAUGGCCUGCCCUACAUUGGAGCCAGACUUCAAUAUGGAGAUCCUUACUAUAGCUAUGUGAAUCUCAAUACAGGGGAAAGCUUUGUGACCUACCAUAAGAAUAAAGAAAUCUGCAUUGUAGACAACAUCAAAGUGUGCAGUAAUGAUACUGGAACUGGACGAUUCAAGUGUGUGUGUAUCACUUUCAGAGUCCCCCGGAAUCCAACAAUUGGGGACAAAUUUGCCAGCCGUCAUGGACAGAAAGGCAUCUUGAGCCGAUUGUGGCCAGCUGAAGACAUGCCAUUUACCGAAAGUGGAAUGGUGCCGGACAUCCUCUUCAACCCUCAUGGCUUUCCGUCCCGAAUGACCAUUGGCAUGCUGAUUGAGAGCAUGGCAGGAAAAUCUGCCUCACUCCAUGGACUCUGUCACGACGCAACCCCGUUUACAUUUUCUGAAGAGAAUUCCGCUGUGGAGUACUUUGGCAAGUUGCUAAAGGCUGCUGGCUAUAAUUACUAUGGGACGGAGAGGAUGUACAGUGGGGUGUCUGGAGUAGAGCUUGAAGCAGACAUUUUCAUUGGUCUUGUGUACUACCAACGUUUGAGACACAUGGUCUCUGACAAAUUUCAGGUGAGGACUACAGGGGCCCGAGAUAAAGUCACCAACCAGCCCAUUGGAGGAAGGAAUGUUCAGGGUGGCAUCCGCUUUGGGGAGAUGGAGCGGGAUGCUUUGUUGGCUCACGGGACGUCCUUUUUGCUGCACGAUCGCCUCUUCAACUGCUCCGAUCGUUCAGUGGCCCACGUGUGUGUUGACUGUGGUAGUCUCCUCUCACCUCUCUUGAAAGCCCCACCAACCUGGUCCACCACUCGUACCCGGCAGUACGUUUGCACCUCUUGUGACCAAAGCAACACCAUUGAAACAAUCGCCGUCCCUUACGUCUUCCGCUGCUUUGUGGCAGAAUUGGCUGCCAUUAAUGUCAAAGUGAAGCUUGAUGUAAAGUAAUAAUGGCAACCUGAGCUGUCCUUUCCUAACUCUGUGGAAGUUGUUAUAAAAGGGCCUAUUAAUUUGUGUAGUGCUAUAAGACUAGACUAACAUAUAUUUAAAAACAAGGUGGCACUCAGCAUGUUAUCUACAAAAAAAUCAGACAUUAGAGAUAUCUGGAAUUACUUAAUAGGCUAAAUAGCACGAGUCUUGGGGCUUUCUAAAAUGAUUGAAUGCUAAUUUCAUUUAAGGUGCUCAACCUGUCUCAGAUCAGAAAGCCCAAUAAUUUUUCUUUCACUCCUGGGGUUUACAAUUGCCCUUGACAACAGAGGCUGCAAAGAAAGAGUAUAAAAGCUGGACAUUCAGGAGCUUUUGCCAUAGAAAAUAGGCAGAUGCUGGAUGCCCUCUGCCAUUUCAGUAUUUAAUAGCUGUCUAUAUUGUUUAAGCAGAACAUCAUUUUGACUGCAGUUUAAUAGCACUGAGAAGUGAUGUCAAGGAAAGUGCUAUAAAGGCACUGUUUUCUUUUUUCUUCUCUCCCCAUUCCCCUUCACUGACUUCAAAAUACAGUUGAGGGCUGCAGCUGCCACCUUGAAUUAAAGAUUAAAGGAGUUAUGACAGAUUUUUGUUUAUAUUUAAUAGGUAAUCCAGAAAGUUUAUUGUCGUAUUUUCUCCUUUCAUUUUGAGGGGAGAUGGCUGCACUAUCUGCUGUGUUGUUAUUUUUAUCAGUUUGACACUGGCUACACCUACCAGUCCUGAGCUGCAUUCUUGUUUUUGUAAUCUGUGUCAUGCACCUGGCAAGAUGCCAUGAUUCAAAAGUGGCUUAGGAAUGGAGUAAUUCUUGUUUUACUCUUCCUACUUACCUGACAUUGUUCACAGUGUAGGAGCAGAAGUAAAACUGUGGUUCUUGUUCAUAUGAUUUUUCUCUAUUAAAUUACUUGAUUUUUUUUUAGAACAUUGCUGGAAUGUUGCCUAUUUUGAUCAUAAAACUACAGAAAAAAAUAUUUGUACUCUGGGAAAAAGACUCAGCUUUUUAAAAAUAAAAUGUUAAGUUAAACCUUCUUUGGAUACUGAUUUUGGUGGAUUUCAUUCUAGGCUAAUUUUUAAAGUACUGUUAAGGCUUUUGACCAGAUGAAU